GCCCGCCCAUGGUGCCCGGCGCCCAGCGCGCAACAGGGGCUCUCAUCUGCGCGCGUGGCUGAGACAGGUCAAAGGAUUCAAACGAGACAAUGGACUGGGGAACAUUGCAGGCCAUUUUAGGAGGUGUAAACAAACACUCCACCAGUAUCGGAAAGAUCUGGCUCACCAUCAUGUUCAUUUUCCGUGUUAUGAUCCUUGUGGUGGCUGCGGAGGAAGUCUGGGGAGACGAACAAAAUGAUUUUGUCUGCAACACUCUGCAACCGGGAUGCAAAAAUGUUUGCUACGACCACUUCUUCCCCAUCUCUCACAUUAGACUGUGGGCCCUUCAGCUCAUCUUUGUCUCGACUCCUGCACUUCUGGUGGCCAUGCAUGUUGCGUACAGAAGGCACGAGAAGAAAAAGCAGUUCAGAAAGGGAGGGCAAACCUGUGAAUUUAAAGACAUUGAAGAAAUAAAAUCACAAAGAUUUCAUAUUCAGGGUCCCUUGUGGUGGACCUACACCAGCAGCAUAUUCUUCAGACUGAUCUUUGAAGCCCUCUUUAUGUAUGCGUUUUACUUCAUGUACAAUGGCUUCCGAAUGCCACGCCUAGUGAAGUGCAACGCAUGGCCUUGCCCCAACACAGUGGACUGUUUUGUUUCUCGACCCACUGAAAAGACAGUGUUUACUAUUUUCAUGAUUGCUGUGUCUGGUAUUUGCAUUUUGUUAAAUGUGGCUGAAUUCUGCUAUCUGCUGAUAAAAGUUUUCCUCAAAAAGUCUCGAAUAGCACCAUCUCCAAGACAUCACCCCAACCAUGAGACUAAAGAGGAAACUAAACAAAAUGAAAUGAAUGAACUAAUAUCUGAUAGCUGUCACAACACAGUCUCAGGAUUUCCAAGCAGCUAAGGUGAUGCAAAUGUGAGGAGUGACUCGGUGUGGAGUGAAUAUUCCUCUUACAAAACUGCAAAUGAAAUCAGCUACAUUAAACAAUAAAGUGGGGUGAAGGUUUAAUAUGUAAUGUCAGGUGGGAAUUAAAUACCUAGCUCAAAAGAGUCAAAGCAGCAUAAAAAUGUGAACAGUAUAUAAGGAUUAAAUAGGAAACUGUCUCCAUAAGAAUAUCCUUAACAAGGCAACUAUGACAAGCGGAAACUCACUAGUACCUCCGGGCUAGAGUCACAGAAGGGAGUUAGGCAACACCUAGGGACCCUGCUGCCAGUGCAAUUCACAGUGCAUAGGGAGAGUUAGGUGAUCAAGAAGAGGA